AUGUACAAUCCGAUGGACGAUAAUGGCAUUGUGGUGGACUGGACUCUGGGGACACUUGGGGAGGAGGAAGGGGCGGGUGUGUGUUAUGUCAGCUGCACUGCCUAUAGCGCUGACACUACAGACUAUGACGUUAGAGUCCUGCUUCGCUUCCCACAGAGGGUUAAGAACCAGGGGACAGCUGACUUCAUGCCCAACCGACCCCGACACACCUGGGAGUGGCACAGCUGCCAUCAACACUACCACAGCAUGGAUGAGUUCAGCCACUAUGACCUGCUGGAGGUCACCACAGGAAGGAAGGUGGCUGAGGGACACAAGGCCAGCUUCUGUCUGGAGGACACCACCUGUGACUUUGGUCACCUGAAGCGUUAUGCCUGCACAUCUCACACUCAGGGUCUGAGUCCGGGCUGCUACGAUACGUACAACGCUGAUAUUGAUUGCCAGUGGAUUGAUAUAACAGACAUCCAACCUGGGAACUACAUACUAAAGCUCCAGGUCAACCCUAAGUACCUUAUCUUGGAGUCAGACUUCACCAACAAUGUGGUGAGGUGUAAUAUCCACUACACAGGACGCUUCGUCACAGCAACCAACUGCAAGAUAUCUCAGUCCUGAUUGGACGUGGGAAGGCUGCCCAGCCAGGGUGAGUCCUCCAGGACAGUGCUGUUCCAUUGAAAUGUGAAUGGAAUUAUUUUUGUUGCUGUUGUUUUGUUUGUGCUGUUUUUGGUUUCCUGGGCCCAGAGUGAACAAGGGUUCCAGUGGCACUGAAGAGAACAUGGGGAUAUUUACACAAGCACACACACUGAAAAACCCAUACUAAACUCAACAUUCCAGUCUCCCACAGUCUCCAUUGUUGUUUCCCUUCUAUGUAAUCCAUAACCUUCUCUCCCAGACCAACCCCACUGCUCUUAUUUCUACUCUGACAGCUUUAAGGAGGCUUUUGUACAUGAAAUAGGAAACAUCUUGGAUAUUGUGAGUGGCUUGGUUUGGUUUUAAAUAAGUUGUGAAAUGGAGCUGGUGCUGAAAUUAGUGGUCCCAGACGAGUCUGUGUUCAACUGCAAUCCAACCGAAAAAAAAAUAAUUGUGCAUUCAUCCAUGCUGUCUGGGAGGAAGACAUGCCAGCCCAGCCAGUGACUCACAAGGACCAUUAUAGUGCUGUUUUUCAUCUUCUCUCUGUCUCUUUGUGCCAGGUUGAAAACAAUGUGAUUCUCUGAGCACAUCUGCAUAGUGUAAUAUUAUCGAGAGACUAGAGAGAGGGGAGAAGCCAGGUCUUGUUUGUUUAAAUACGUUAGUCUCCAUCAAGUAGUCAGUCAACAUAAAGAGGCUGUCAGAACCCAGAGCGUUACUGUCUCUAAAUACCGUCAAAGUCAGUUUUGUAUUUGUCUCACAAGAAAACACAAAGCUUAGCUGGCAGAACUGCCAUUUGUUUUCAAAGAGGUGCUUUCCAGAAUGAAACUUACAUUGGGUUUUUCUUUUUCAACUACCAACACUGGUCAGAUGCCAAAUAGGUUAUCUGUAGCUUUGUAAGAAGAAUGUACAUGACAAUUAACCCACUGAUGCAUGGUUUUAGCUAUGGAGAACUGUACUUGUUUUAAUUGAUUGUAUUUUGAUUAUUCUCUUUUUUAAUGAAAGGGUCUUUAGUACUGUGUUUGAAUUGUUGCUGUAUUUGUGAAAUUCCAGGAACUCAUAUAUCGUUUUUUAUUGUGAAUCCAGAUCAUACUUUUGGUUUGUUCAAUUGAGUGUGUUGCGGCAGAGAGUGACUGUAAAAAAGAAACUACUGUUGUUAAAACCUAUCAUUGUUAUGCCAUUACACUAGUAGGUUUAGUUUGGCGUUACAGACAGACAGAGUGCCGAAAUGCCAUCUCUACCUACCUCUAAAAGAGUGAGCUAUUGUUUCCAGUUGAGUGGAAGGUUUGUAUUAGACAUCCCUGUGAUGGUGGCCCACUAUGGCCUCCCACACACUCCGUUGCAGCACACACCUACAGUAAAACACUUAAGGGAAAGGAUUUAGAAACAUGAACAAGUGCAGAACAGGCAUAGUCUUGUAUUCUGUUUAUAUAUCAUAUUACACAUUAACAUUUUAACAUUGUACAUAGUAGUCUAUCAGUGCUAUCAUUGACCAACACUUCUUUGUAUUCUGGUUGCUCAUGAUAUUGUAUGUUUACCAAGACAGGUGGGAAGUAUUAUUAGGAGAUUCUAUUCAAUCAAUGGAAUUACAAUAUUAGACUUGUGGAUUAUAGCAAGUAUCAUUAAAUAUAUGAGUGUAUGUUGAUUGGCUUGAAUUCUUCUGUUCUUGAACACCUGUCAAAAAUGGCAUACCCAAUAAAGACAUACAUUUACACCUCUA